ACUUUAUUAGUACAGACAAAUUUGCCCUGUAAAUGUCAGUGAUCAAAGAUGUUUUUGAAUGACAUCUGUUCAUGUUUUCAUUUAUUUUAGUAAAUUCAUUAAAGCAUUAACCUCAAAGUAUCUUGCGGAGGAAUAAUAUCUUCUGAAGAGGGCGUUCCUUAUGGCUUGCGCGUGAUGAUGCGAUUUGACACAAAACUAUGUGACAGUAAUUCACUACAACAGCCAUUCUGUGGCAGACCACCAGCACAAACAUGCCACAAAACACGGUGCAUGUACCCGACAGGCGGAUGCAGGUGACUUUGAAGAGUUGACUGCGAAAGAGGAUCUAUUGCAUAAUCGGACAGAGCACAGCUCGCACAAAGAGCAGCGGGAGGGAGCGCUUCGUUUUGAACUAUGGCGGCAACGCACCACAUUCGUUUGACAUACAUUGUUAUCAUGACGCGUUACGCGGACUUCGGAAAAUAAUCCAGAAUUUUGGACAUGACGAUAAACAUCACCCUACUUCAAAACUUUGAAGAGGAUAUUGAAUUCAGUUAUACUACAUGUGUGCUCUAAAUGGAAAGAGUAGUAAUGAAGUGCAGAUUUUUUUAAAGAUUUGAUUGUCUUUAAAAACACAUCCGAGGUAUUUUUGCAGGUUUUCUCAAGCGCAUCCUCAGAAGCCGUUCAAAUGCUGGAAUGGAUUGGUGCUGUUUGUAUUAUGGUUUUAAUGGCCAUACUCUGGCCGAUGGUCAAGUGUUUUGGAGAAGGGAGUCAGUCCACGUUGCUGCUCCAGGGGCUUGAAAUUCCACGGCGCGAGAGCAAAAGAUCAACGGAGAGAUGCGACUCCAACUGUGGCACGGGGACGCAGCAGAAACCAGGGGGUCGAGAUGAAUCACCCACGGUCGCCUUAAUAUGCAAACCCUCUGCCCUGGCGAACUACCUUCUGAAACAUUGCAUGACUUUUUGCAAGCAGCUACGAAUACAGAAAUUUAACUGGCGAGUGAGUUCAUCUUUGCAGACUAUUUUCGGUGCUGUGUGGCCGUAUGACUGCCCUGUGCAUUUUAUUCGAGAUCAUUUGCAACUGAGCGACGAUGGGCUGGUGGCGUUAGACUGGGCUGUUGUUGGUGCACAUCACAAGAGACGGAGGACUUCAAGUAAUUCCACAAGUCCAAUUCUGCUCGUCAUACCCAACUCUAUUGGUAAAAUCACCAGGAAUGUGCUCAAGCUCUGUGAGGCUGGUCUGAGUCACGGUUACCUCCCUGUGGUCUUCAACCGUCGGAGCCAGAAUGGGACGCCACUUUCUACCGUUAAACUUCAGCAAUUUGGUGAUCCAACUGACCUGCGGGAAGCGGUGCGAUACAUUAGGUACCGGCAGCCAGCAGGUCAGAUCUAUGCUGUAAGUGAGAGCACUGGUUCAGGACUCCUGCUCUCUUACCUGGGAGAGUGUGGCUCCUCCAGUUACGUGACUGCUGCCGCCUGCCUGUCUCCCAUUUUCCGUUGCCAAAGCUGGUUUGAGAACGGCCCGACCUGGCCUUUCCACUGGGCUCUUCUGCUUUACCAAAAAAUCUGCUUAAGCAGGUACAGAACUGUGCUUGGGGAGCAUGUUCACGCAGACAGCUUGUUCUCCAGCUGUUCCUUGAGGGAAAUGGAAGAAGCCCUAUUCUGUCAGUCAGGGUUGAAGGGGACAUUAGUGGAGGAAGCAGGUGGCUGGGAUGCGUACUGGGAGCGUAAUGACCCUCUGAGGGACAUAGAUGAAGUGGCCAUCCCUGUACUAUGUGUUUGCAGUCAAGACGACCCGAUCCGAGGGGAGCCCCGGGCGACGCUACCUUUGGAGCUGUUUGAGAGUAACCCCCAUUUCUUCCUGCUCCUGACUGGGCACGGAGGCCACUGCGGCUUCUCCACGCCAGACGAAGGCAGUAACGUCUGGAGCCACCAGGCUUUGCUGGAGUUCUUUCGUGCCACAAACGAUUUCUUCACUGCAGAGGAGCGUGCCAGUCUGGCAGCCAGGCGGAGGGGUCUUGGCGGGGCUGGCAAGACGUUUCGCCUUCGCAGCAUCAGCACGUGCAAAAGAGUGCCUGUUUGCUCGCAUAACAUUCACGCCAUUUAUAACUGGCAGAGGUCCUACACCAGUUGAUGAUGUGCGGAGAGGCUCCCCACAUUUGUUUGGGGUUACGGAGAGGGAUUCAAGGACACUGCCAGGCAUCGCAUUCUGACGCAGUCUGACCUGCUACUCCAAUUUCAGCAAUCGAGCAAAGAAAAAUAUUUAAAGUUGUUUCAAGAUGUUAGAAAUCACGUCAUAGAUCUCUGCUGCAUUGAACGGCAUUAGCCUUGGAAAUGUGCCUGCCUGUUUCAAAGGGAUUGGUCUAAUGUUUGUUCUGUACCUCAUAAAUGUUUCAUUGCUUCAUUUCAAAACUUAGAGAAGCAUUAUGAAGCACCUCUGGGUUUCAGUCUACAUUGUGACAUAUGUACUUGAAUAGUUCAGCAGAACUGCAGUAAUGCUUUAGUACGUUAUGUGCAUACAAUAAUGAAAUGUGACAUUCUGUAAUUUUCUCUGUUCAAUAUUUUUCUUCUUUGAGACUGCUAGUUUAUUUAGAAUAGUCUCUGUUGUAUGUCAGAGAGAGAGUCUGGUCUGGUGAAUGGGAGGUAAUUGCCGUCAUUCUGAGGUUUGGGGAAGCUGGUCUUCACUGUCAUGGGUGGAGCUAGUUUAUCGGUUUUUCACAUUUGUUUAACUUGAACACUGUCUUUUUUUUCUAUUGCUGUUUUCGUUUUCAACCCUUUUUCUCUAACUCAAAAUUUGUAAUGUCUUUCUGGUAUAAAACGCUAUGUUUGUAUGUUAAAUUAUCUGUAAACACAGGAGCUUUAAUUAAAGGGUUUCGCACCUAAACACACAUUUCCAAGUCUGGAGGAUUUUGUUGGUAAACUAGGCAUCAAAAUUUUUGGUUAUGCAGUGGAUUCAUGAAAUUCAAAUAAGAUUUACGUUUAUUUUCACUGCUGUUCCAGAAAAAUGUCUCGCUACAUUAGAAGGAUGGACAUGAUGGGAAAUUCAUCAUAGAACUUGUAAAUGCAAUAGUGAAAUAGUGAAUAUUCUCUGAUCCUUUUUUUUCCAUACGGUUUAAUGCAUGACCAGGAUUUUAUUGCACAACCCCAAACAAAGCUACAGCCAAGAGCCCGAGCGGAGCGAGGAGGUAUCAGAUUAGAAGAGACAGUCUCUGUAGACUGAAACUCGAAUGCUCACAGAGACAGCACUAGAACAGACAUAUAGAUAGAGCUAUUUUUAGUUCGCAAAGAAAAUGAUCUCUUCAUUUGGCAUAUAAAUCCAGUGUAUAAUAUUAAUUAAUAUAUGGCAGCCAGUAUUCACUUGGAAAAGAUUUAUUGUUGACAUACAGUAUUCUCCUGGAAAACAUGUACAUUCUGAAUUGCAUAAUUAUGAUGGUUUGUGGUCAUCUGUAGCCAUCAAUAUGUCUACCCUCUUUUCAAGGGGCCUUGAAGAAACAAAGCAUCUUUUCAAGGUCUAAUUUAAUUUCUAUUGCCCCUUUGAGAUCCCAACUGGCAUUUGUUUGGAUAAUUGUUUAUAUAUUCCUUAAUCAGUUUUAAUAAUCGUUACGGUUACAACGUUAGCUCCUAAUACAACAUGAUUGCUUACCUUGUUUGCUACUGAAACCACACAGACAAUUGAAACUGCAGGUUGCAAACUCAACUGUAUUUUGAUAAAUAAAACAAAU